GUUAAAAACGGAUUUUAAAGGUAACAUGCGUGAAAUGACUAAGCUUAGUAUAGGUGGGAAACUUGAUAGAGGUAUAAAAAAAAACAGGUAGGAACAGCUCAAAGUACAACAGGUAUACAAGAAUGGCAGAUAUUUUUACACCACGUACUCUAAGUGAUACCAAAUCACUAAGGAUGCUUGUACAAACUGAAGAUCCAACUUAUUAUGGAUUGAAAAGGUUGAAGAUCAAAGGCAAAGAUCUGAACGAUUUACCUAACUCUGUAUUCAAUAUUUUGGAGCUAGAAGUUUUAGAACUUAGUCCAGAACGCGAAGCAUGUCUUGAUUAUAAACUUCCAGAACUUCCACACGCAAUUGGAAAAUUGGUCAACUUGAGGGUACUUAUUCUGGAUACUAAUGAAUUGGAAACAUUGGCACCGGAAGUAACAUUAUUGGUCAGUUUGGAGAGACUUGUUCUUAGUAAUAACCAUUUAUCUAGCUUACCAACUGGAUUUAUGAAUCUGAAAAAUCUUAAAAGUCUCCAUCUGUCUAACAAUGAACUUAAAGAGUUUCCACUAGAACUUUGUGAUCUGGUUAAUUUAGAAUUUCUGGAUAUGUGUGACAAUGCGCUCGAGGACCUUCCUGUGAAGAUUUCAAAAAUGAAGAAGCUCCAUACGUUACUUCUGUGUUUCAACCAAUUGAGAAAAAUUCCAAACAGUAUUUGUAAAAUGACUGAGCUGCGCUGUCUAUGGCUAGGAAACAACUUAUUGAAGUCUCUCCCAAAAGACUUCGGACAACUGAAGAACAUUGAUUGGGACUGGCGGUAUAUUUCGUCGUUACUGGAGGAUAAUCCGCUUGUUCGUCCUCCGAUAGAAGUAUGCCGUCUGGGAAUGGAUGCAAUAGAAAACUAUCUCAACACCAACAACGGAAAGCGGAAGACUCGAAGUAAUGCUUCGUAUGGAAACAGACGGUAAAUGCAAAUACAGACAAAGUGGAAAUAAUAUGGAACCCUGAGUAUUUACUUUAUCAUUAUUCAUAUCUACAAGCACAAAUAAUUUAACUAAAUAUUUUGUUAUUUUUCAUUUUUAUAGUUUUAUUAUUAUUCUAACUGUAAAGAGAUCAAAGUUUCCUCGGCAUCAUGAAGAAAAAGUUUUUGUAUAUUGAAUCAUAACCCCAAUAUGAUUUAUUAUAUUUGUUUUAACAUUAUAAUGUUUACCGUUUUGCAAAUGCAUAUGAAACAUAUUUAUGAACAGCAGUUUUGUUUUAUGACCCAAAUUAAAUCUCGUAAUUGUGCUUUAAACUUAAUCUAUUUGUGAGACAAGAACAUUCCGUGUUUGCACACGAAAACACUCCUAGUAAUAUCUAUUUACAGCAUUACCUAUGUUAAAUCAAAAUAUAUUAUUAAAAAAAAUAUAUCGUU